AUGGUCGAAUUUCUCCCUAUAUUUAAAAAGGCCUAUUGGACUUUGGCCGCGGCCGGUCUUGUAUAUGUCUCAUGGGUAUACGCCAUGACAUAUCCAAGCGUCCAACGAUUUGCUCUGUAUGCCCACAAAGUCAAUCCGGCCAUUUGGCAGGACGUGAACGAUGUUGAGAACUUUGGGUUUCUAAGAACUCAAGUCCAGCCAUUCCACUUGGUGACUCCCGAUAAUGAAACGCUGUACGGAUGGCACAUGCUCCCAUUGCAUCUUUGUAAGAAACAUGAACAGCUUCUAGAAGAGAAUUGGUCCAAGGGACCGGCAGAAGACUACAGCAAAACCAGUGCCUACAAGCUACUUGCCGAAGAUCCAAAUGCUCGAGUUGUUGUAAACUUUCAUGGCAAUGCUUUACACCUGGGCUCGAUGGUCCGCCCAGAGAUGUAUCGUAUGGCUCUUGGAAUUUCAACCCCAGAAAACCCGGUGCAUGUCUUUGCCCUCGAUUACAGAGGAUAUGGAAACUCCACAGGGUCUCCGACAGAGGAAGGGCUCAUCACUGACGGACUGACGCUUCUGAACAAGCUCACUUCUGCACCUUUAUCCAUUCCUCCCUCACGUAUUGUGAUCUCAGGCCUAAGUCUUGGCACUGCUGUGACAUCUGCGGUUGCAGAACGCUUUGCCUUCGGUGCACCUGAGUCAGCUGUAAUCCAGCCAGCUCUGAAAGAUCCCGAGCCCUUUGCGGGCAUCGUCCUAUUAGCAUCGUUCAGUAACCUUCGCAGUCUUAUUGACUCAUACAGCUUUUUUGGACUGACCCCCCCGAUGCUUUCGCCUUUGAUCGGCUAUCCUCAAGUCCAGCAAUGGGUCUUGUCACGCAUCGUUGAUACCUGGAAAUCCAAUUCCCGGCUAGCACGACUCACUGGAUUAAAACCUCAAAACACAGAAUCCGAUGCCCGCCAUGCUGAGAAGGGUGUGGAUAUCACGAUAAUCCACGCCAGGAAUGAUAGGGAGAUCCCUUGGCGAGAAGGAUUCACAAACUGGAAAUCAGCUACUGGAAUAAAAAGCUCGAAUGACGAACCCACAGAAGGCAAAAUAAUUCACAAACGGGUCGCCGAGCACGGUUUGACAGAGACCAAGGUUUGGGAAAAGGAGAUCCCAAGCGCCUACUCCAAGACCAAACAGGUGAAACGAGUGCGGUGGGAGAAGGUUGGAUUUGGUGGUCAUGACCGCGUGGGCACUUAUUCGGUGGCUGCACUUGCUAUUUUGCGCUCAUUUGAAGAGUAA